AUGUCGCCCUGGUCCUGGCCCAUGUCGCUCUUCCUGUCCCCACCUCCCCCCGAUUCCGCCUCGAUCCUUGCCGGCCUAACCUUGACCGUAGACUCCACCCUUGCCGCUCUCACAACCGCCACCCACGACCUCGCCGCCGCCAAAGCCCACGCCCUCGCGACAUCCGACCUCACCCGGCCCCUCCUACAAGCAGCACAGUACCACCAGGUCCGCAUUGACGCGCUGACACAGCAAUUUGCUGUCGCUGUUAGGACGCGCGAUGUAUUUGCUGCGCAGAUGCUGGCGAAGGAGAAUCUGGAGGGUUUAGAGCGUGCGGGCGAGGCAUUGUGGGUUGGGAAUAAAGGGCUGGGGAAGGGGACGGUUGAAAAGGUGAUUGGGGCGUGGGAAGGGGAGGAGCUUGUUGCUGAGGGGGGUGUAGAGGGUGUGCGGAGCGGCAUUGAGCGCGUGCUUCAAGAAGAGGGCCUGGAUACGGUGGAGGACUGGGAUAGGGAAGUGCUGAAGAUGGAUGUGCAGACAAAGUUGACUGAAGAGGCGCUUGCGAAGUUGCGUGCUGCCUAA